UCUUCGGAGAUCUUCCGAACCUCUUUGUAGCUUGUUGCAGCUUAUAUUUUGUACGGUAUAUUUAGCUCUCGUUUAGGGGAAAGUCCCUCAAAAGACGUCCUGGUUCAUACGAAGACGUGUGGCGAUUACGCCGGUCGCUGAGAUCUCGCGAGAUUUCUCGCCUGAUCGUGCCGGAGCGCGGUCGCACAGCGUCCGGAGGAGACGAGUCGACGCCGUCUGGGUGGAGGGUCCUGAGAUAAACUGCUUCCCAUCCAGAUGGCUGAUGGUGAUAUGGAGCUUCGGUGAGAAUGGAACUCCCCCUGUCCAAACCAGACAAAAUGGGCAAGACAAAGCUGUUUCGCAUCUUUCUCAUCCUGGGCUCUGUCUUCAUGAUCCUGCUGAUUAUCAUCUACUGGGAUGAUGUCGGAGCCACUCAUUUUUACUUACACACGACAAUAUCCGGUCCUCAUUCUUCCCGCCUUCCACCCGAGAGUAACGCGGCUUCCAGAAACAAAGUUGAGGAGGACAAGGAAGGCUCGUUCCUGGCCGACAUUGACGCUUUUGUUAACCAGUUUCUGGAAGGCACCGCUGACCCUACGGAGCAAGUGAGAGCUGAAACGCCACCCGGUGAGCCUCACAACCAAUCCUCAGAAAAACCCGAAGAAAGAUUCGUCCCCAGGCGCGAAUGGAAAAUCCACCUGACCCCUAUCGCCACGAACAAGAAGCAAAGGCAGGACAGUAGGAAGCAGUUGAUCCAUGAUCUUUGUAGCAGCAACAGCAGCUUCAACUUCCCAGGCAAGAACCGGACGUUUGACGACAUCCCCAACAAGGAGUUGGACCACUUAAUUGUGGACGACCGACACGGGAUCAUAUACUGUUACGUUCCCAAGGUGGCGUGCACCAACUGGAAGCGCAUCUUGAUCGUGCUGAGCGAGAGCCUGCUGGUAAACGGGGCGCCGUACCAGGAUCCUCUGGACAUCCCCGUCGAGCUUAUCCACAACAGCAGCGUGCACUUCACCUUCAACAAGUUCUGGAAGCGUUACGGCAAGUUUUCUCGUCAUCUGAUGAAAGUCAAACUCAAGAAGUACACCAAGUUCCUGUUCAUCCGAGACCCUUUCGUCCGUCUCAUCUCGGCCUACCGGAACAAGUUCGAGCUGGAGAACGAGGACUUCUACAAAAGAUUCGCUGUCAUCAUGCUGAAAAGAUACGGCAACUACGCCGACCCGCCGGCGUCCGUGGUGGAUGCGUUCGCCGCCGGAAUCCGACCGACUUUUUCAAACUUUAUUCAAUACCUGUUAGACCCAAACACGGAGAAAGAAAUGCCGUUCAACGAGCACUGGAGGCAGAUGUACCGCUUGUGUCACCCUUGCCAGAUCAAUUACGACUUCGUAGGAAAGCUGGAGACCUUGGACGAGGACGCCGAGCAUUUGUUGCGGAUCCUGAGGGUGGACAACGUUGUCCAGUUCCCACCGAGUCAUCGCAACAAGACGGUCAGCAGCUGGGAGCAGGACUGGUUCGCAAACAUACCUAAUGAAUCACGCAAACAGUUGUACAAACUCUACGAGGCUGAUUUUAGACUCUUCGGGUAUCCUAAACCCGAGAAGCUUUUACACGAGUGAAAUAUGGUUCUGCUCAACGAAGUACUUCUCAUGCUGUGGGUUAUUGAACUGUAAUUUAUAUGCUGAUUGAUUUGAUCAUUCUUUUCGCUCUUAGUUGUAUCUUUUGUAGCUCCGAUCUGAUUGGCGCAAAGGUGAUAGAAAGGGUUCAUCAGACCGAUUUUACAUUCACAGUAUUAGAAGUGUAUCAUAUGCAGAUUUAUAUUUUCUUGCAUUUUCUGAAAAUACAACCGUCUGGCAUGCAGUACUGUACUGUGGAGUCGGGUGAAAAAAUGUGGAUUGUAACUAGUGUAGAAAAUCACAAUAAUAAUAGUUUAGAUUCUUUUUUUUGUUUGUUUUGUUCCCAAUGAAAUAUUUGUUUUACUGUAACUGUUCUUAAUUAGUUCGCAAAUAGGCUUUUUUUUUGUCUUUUAAAAUUUUUAUUCU